GAACACGGGCAUUUUGGUCAAACGAAGUCAACCUCCGCACCUUUCCUCCCAUCUCUCUCUCCUAACGCUCCAAUUUCCCCUGUAAAUCUAGGUUUUGUCGCCCAAUUUCGAUUCUUACUUGGGCAAUCAACAGAGGACGGAAGGCACAAAGACACGUCCUUCUCUUCUUCUUGUUGGAGUGUGUGAGUGAGUGAGAGAGAGCCCGGGUUUAGGGCUUUCACGGAUCGUCAGAUAUGUUUCUCCCUGCAACUCUCUCAAAUUCGUCUCGAUCGUAGAGAAAAUGACGGGACAAUCUCGGCCACACGAUCAGACACCGCUUGCAUCCUUGCCUUCCGAACAAUUCCACCGUAGUGCUUUUGGGAGGUUUGAUUGGAUCAGUUCUAGAUGGAAGCCGGUGUGCACAGAAAAAAUUCUCCUAGCAAAUCAACGCUGAGAGAGGUAUCUCCUAGGAGAAAGCAUGUGCCAAAAAGGCAAUGGGGAAAAGCUUCAAAACCUGGGCCCGAAAGUGAAGCAGCCAAAGAUGCAAGACGUGGUCUCCUUUCAUGGGUUGAGGCAGAGACAUUGCGCCAUUUAUCUGCCAUGUACUGCCCGUUGGUGCCUCCUCCAAGAUCAACAAUUGCAGCAGCAUUCAGUCCUGAUGGAAGAACACUUGCUUCUACACAUGGUGACCAUACUGUAAAGAUAAUUGAUUGUCAAAGCGGAAGUUGCUUAAAGGUGUUAAGUGGUCAUAGGAGGACUCCUUGGGUGGUUAGGUUCCAUCCAUUGCAUCCAGAAAUACUUGCAAGUGGGAGCUUGGAUUAUGAAGUUCGGUUAUGGGAUGCAAGCACGUCAGAGUGUAUAGGAUCACGGGAUUUCUAUCGCCCUAUUGCAUCCAUAGCUUUCCAUGCUAAAGGGGAUAUUCUCGCUGUUGCGUCAGGCCACAAGUUAUAUUUAUGGCACUAUAACAAGAGAGGAGAAUCUUCAUCACCAAUCAUUGCCUUAAGGACAAGGCGUUCACUUCGAGCAGUGCAUUUUCACCCUCAUGCUGCUCCAUUUCUCUUAACUGCUGAGGUCAAUGAUCUUAACUCUUCAGAUUCCUCGAUGACACGCGCAACAUCUUUGGGUUACUUGCGAUAUCCUCCUCCCGCUGUUUUUGUUGCAAACGCUCAUUCCAAUGAGCAUGUUAGUCUGACUGCUGAACUACCUCUCACGUCCUUACCUUUCUUGUUUGUGCCUUCAUUUGCUAUAGAUGAUUCAAGAACAACAGAUUUGCAGCGUUCCAAUCAGCAUGUUGGUUCAAGUAGCUUGCAAGUUGGGUCCUUUGUUUCAACACCAUUUCAAAUGGAUGCAAAUGAAGCACCGCGCUAUGAUGGUAUGCUGUCUCUUAUGGAGACAUUUCCUGCUAUUCCUAAUGGCUCGCAUAGUGGUAUUGAGGAAGCUGCAAAUAACCAUUUCCCUAGUGGAACGGGAAGUGGCGUUUAUGACCUCACCGUGGACGCCAUGGAAACUGAUGAAAUGCAGCCUGUUGGGAGAAGCCAGCAUGGAACCUCUACUAACUUGGAUACUGUGGGUGGUGCCAAUACUGGCUUUGGUGGAGUACCUGGCUAUCCUGGAUAUAUUCCAAACCGCUUGGAUCUUCCUGGGUAUGGGGAAUUUCAUCAACUUUUACCUCGCCGAGACCCAAGUGGUUGGGAGCUACCUUUUUUGCAAGGAUGGUUAAUGGGUCAAAGCCAAGCUGGUCUUACCUCAAUGUUGCCUCUUAAUGGUGAUGGUGGUAAUCUAGAGCACUCAGCUCAAUAUUCUUCCAUCUUGACAUCUCGCAUGUCUAUUCAUAAUGUGGCAAUGCCAGGCAGCAUCAGCCUAUCUGGAAUUUCUGGAAGAUCUGGCCUGCGGCAUCAUUUCCCACACUCCCACUUCUCUGCGUCUGAAUCUGUGGAGGGUGCUGGUUCUGUUAAUGCCCCGAAUGAUCGGGCUGAUACGCAACCAAUUAUGAGCAGAAUCCAGUCAGAAAUCACCACCUCACUUGCUGCUGCGACUGCUGCAGAGCUACCUUGCACUGUGAAGCUAAGGGUGUGGUCACAUGAUAUAAAUAAUCCUUUUGCUCAACUCAAUCCUGAAAGAUGCUGCUUAAUCAUACCCCACGCUGUCCUUUGUAGUGAAAUGGGUGCCCAUUUUUCGCCUUGCGGAAAGUUUUUAGCUGCCUGUGUUGCAUGCACGCUUCCUCAUAUGGAAGCUGAUCCAGGAUAUCACACUUUAAUUCAUCAAGAUCCUGGGGCUGCGACAUCCCCAACUCGACAUCCAGUCUCAGCUCACCAAGUCAUAUACGAGCUUCGGAUUUAUUCCCUUGAGAAGGCAACCUUUGGUUCAGUGCUCGUAUCACGAGCAAUUAGAGCUGCUCAUUGUUUGACUUCUAUCCAGUUCUCACCCACAUCUGAACACAUAUUACUUGCCUAUGGUCGACGUCAUGGUUCUCUUCUUAAAAGCAUUGUCAUUGAUGAGGAAACAACCUUACCUAUUUACACUGUUCUGGAGGUUUACAGAGUUUCAGAUAUGGAACUUGUGGGAGUGCUUCCAAGUGCUGAGGAUGAGGUCAAUGUUGCUUGCUUCCAUCCAUUUGCCGGAGGGGGUCUUGUUUAUGGAACAAAGGAAGGGAAGCUGAGGGUUCUACAGUGUGAUGGCGGUCGUGGUGUAAAUUGCACCAGAUCAAUUUACUUUCCUGAGGAAAACAUGGCUCUUGUUGGAUAGUGAGACAGGGGGGUUGUGUUGUAUUCUUGCCUUUUAAAAAAAAAA